GCUGCGCAGGUAGAGUACGUUGCUGCACGGCUCGUAAAAAUCUAAAUUCGGCGUUAUAUACGAAUAUACGCAGGAUCAAGAACCUAGGUAGGUAGGUAGGUAGGUAGGUAGGUAGGUAGGUAGGAACGCAAAUGUAGCAAUCCACUUCAAUCAUACGGUUGGCGCUUGGCUGCCUCGCAGACUCUCACUCUCGUCGUCACCAUAUAUUUUGUAAUAUUGCUCACUUGUAUAAACACGGCUUGGAGCCAUCCUCAUUUCUUGUUCUUUUGCCCUUCUCUCUGACAAACCAAAGAAGACAAACGUCUACGGUCUUAUUCGUUCAUUACUUCCUUUACCCAUUCCACUAGCUACACUUUUUUUUAAUAAAAAAAACGUUGUCCAAGUAUCGCUCUCCUACAGCAUUACCCGAGGACCAUGGUUCAUUGAGAUCCAUCCUUCCGCCCCGAAUCGGAAUGACCCCUGUUAAUACGGAGACAGCCUCAUCGGAUGGCGUGUCACCAGUGACCGCCGGCAUCGUCGACGAAAAGAAUGGCGCGACACAAUCGACGGCUGGAAUCAACGAGGAGUCCACUCCGAAAGCCAACACCAGACCUGAACGACAACCCAAUGUGAAGGACUACCUCCGCGUCUUCACAUAUGCUACGAAAUGGGACAUAUUUGCAUACUUUGCGGCCGGUCUCGCCUCAAUCGCUGCUGGCACCACCUUGCCGUUGAUGAACAUUGUUUUUGGUCAGCUUGUGGACCAGGUUAACGGAUUCGGUACUGAAAACGGUUCAACGUCGGCAGAUGAUUUCAGGAAGGUUGCAGACCGACAAGCACUCUACCUAUUCGCACUAUUCAUAGCCCGCUUCGCUCUCAACUACGUCAACAAAUUCGGCUUCCGAAUGAUCGGGAUUCGCCUUUCCUCCGCAAUCCGCCUGCACUACCUCCAACGCCUUUUUGGUCAGACCAUCCAUGUUCUUGAUUCGAUGCCGGCCGGCGCCGCGGCCGGCACCAUCACCUCGACCGCAAACACUCUCCAGAUUGGCAUUUCCGAAAAACUUGGCGUCUUCCUCGAGUUCAAUGGCACUAUCUGGACCGCCAUUAUAGUGGCAUUUAUUUAUAGUUGGUCUUUGACUCUCGUUACAGCAUCAGUUAUUCUCUUCAUCCUCCUGGUCUUGGCCGUGCUGCUCCCUUUCAUCAUCAAAGGCCACACUGAGAUGACUAAGGCGGAAGGCAAGGCCUCUGCUGUGGCCAGUGAAGCUUUUUCAAGCAUUCGAAUAAUUGCUGCCUGUGGCGCCGAAGACCGAAUCGCUGCUCGGUACGCUCGCUGGGUUGAGGUUGCCCGCCAGAAGGGCCAGUUCACAGCGCCCUUGAUAGCUCUUCAAUUCGGCCUUGUCUUCUUUGGGCUCUUCGGUACUUUUGGUUUGGCGUUUUGGUACGGCACGCACUCUUGGGUGGAUGGACGCAUCGGUGGUGUCGGAGAAGUCAUCAUUGUCCUCAUGUCCGUUAUGCUUGUCGUCAUGUCUCUUGAACGCAUCAGUACACCCCUUCUUGCUAUAAGCAAGGCGAUGGUAGCAGCAUGCGAGUUCUUCACUGUCAUCGACGCUCCCCAUCCGAAGACGGGCGAUUUGAAAGACCCUCAGGUUUCUGCCAACCAGAACCUCGAAUUCAAAGGCGUAACCUUUGCGUACCCCGGACGACCGCACGUCAAGGUGCUAGAUGAUCUUCAUCUAACUAUCGAGGCUGGCAAAGUCACGGCCAUCGUUGGGCCAUCAGGCUCUGGCAAGAGUACCAUUGUGGGUUUGAUUGAGCAGUGGUACACCCUACAAGACCAGUACGUCAUCGCCAAGACAGUGGAAAAGGACAAGACGAAGGAAGCCCACAAGAAGAGUAAGAAGGGCAAGGAAGACUCGGAUGACGAUGAAAUAAUCGCGCCUGAGGAAACUGGCCUAGCUGUCGAGCUCAGAGGCUCUGUCACUACAUGUGGUCAUUCCCUUGACGACAUCGACUUGAAGUGGUGGCGAUCUCAAAUUGGCUUGGUUCAGCAGGAGCCUUUCUUGUUUAACAAUACCAUCUUCAAGAACGUCGCUUAUGGUCUUAUUGGCUCGCAAUGGGAGAAUGAGUCCGAGGAGAAGAAAAGAGAACUCGUCAAGGAAGCCUGUCAGGAGUCAUUUGCAGAAGAAUUCAUUGACCGCCUGCCGGAUGGAUACGACACUAGAGUUGGUGACAGCGGUGCAAAGUUAUCCGGAGGUCAGCGCCAGCGUAUUGCUAUUGCUCGAAGCAUAGUACGGAAGCCAAAAAUUGUCAUCUUAGACGAGGCCACCAGCGCCAUCGACGUACGAGGCGAGAGAAUCGUGCAAGCUGCUCUCGACAAAGUCUCCAAGAACCGAACAACAAUCACUAUUGCUCACCGUUUAUCCACAAUCAAAAAGGCCGACCGAAUUGUUGUCCUAAAGAAGGGAAAGGUGGUCGAGCAGGGCACUCACGAAGGCCUUCUGGAAAACCACGAGGGUGUCUACUAUGGAUUAGUCCAUGCUCAGCAGCUUUCGCUCGGCGAAGACGUGGAUGACAGCGACGAAGAAAACAAGGAAGAGGAAUUGGGUGCAGUUCUUAACCGAGAGAAGAGCGCCGCCAAGUCCGAAGUUGGUAGCACUCGUCAAAAGGCCGAGGUGAGGAACCGCAGCCUGUUCCGGAGUUUUGGACGACUACUCUACGAGCAGCGGCAUCGCUGGAUUCUGUGCCUUUCAACAGUGGUGUUCGCAGCUUGCUGCGCGGCCGGUACCCCUUUGCAAGCUUGGUUAUUCGCCAAGGUCAUUGUGGUAUUCAACCCGGGAAACACCCCAGACAAGAUUCGCAGUGACAGCAACUUUUGGUCUGCCAUCUGGGCGGCCCUGGCCGCUGGUGUCGGUAUCUCGUACUUCCUCAUGGGAUUGGCGGCGACGUAUCUGGCACAUUUUAUCUGCGCGACCUACAGGCAACAGUACUUUGACGCCAUUCUCUUCCAGAAAACCGCAUUUUUUGAUGAGGAAGAAAACGCCCAGGGCAGCCUGACCGCUAGGGUGGCCGGUGAUCCCAAACAGUUAGAAGAGCUCCUCGGCCUGAACAUGGCCAUGGUCUUCACAGCCAUCUUUACUAUCAUUGGUGCAAUUUCCAUUGCCUUUGCAUUUGGGUGGAAGCUGGCCUUGGUUGCUCUUUGCGUCACGAUGCCUAUUGGAAUUGUCUCUGGUUAUUUCCGUUUCAAGUAUGAGAUUCAGUUCGAGAAGAUGAACGCAGCGGUUUUCGCCGAAAGCUCCAAGUUCGCCGCAGAAUCCAUCGGAGCAUUCCGAACCGUCUCAGCACUGACCUUGGAGGACAAGACAUGCGCGCGGUACAAUGAGCUGCUCAAGGACCACGUCACACAUGCUUUCAAGAAAGCCAAGUGGACCAGUCUGGUCUUUGGAUUCUCGGACUCGGUUUCCAUGGCCUGCCAGGCUCUCAUUUUCUGGUACGGUAGUCGGCUUCUGAUAUCUGGCGAAUACAGCCCCCAGGCCUUCUUUGUCUGCUUCAUGGCCGUAAUCCAGGGUGCUGAGGCUGCAGGUCAGAGUCUUAGUUUCGGACCCAAUGCGGCCCAGGUCACAGCAGCCUCGAAUCGGAUUAUCAAUAUGCGGGAAUCUAGAAACCGGGACCUCCUACCGCUCGUGGACCCCAUUCCGGACACCGAGGGUGGUGUUCAGAUAGAGUUCCGCGACGUCCAUUUCCGAUACCCGACUCGUGAUGUCUCUGUUUUCAAGGGGCUCAACCUGACGAUCGAAAAGGGCCAGUUCGCUGCCCUCGUUGGAGCAUCCGGCUGCGGCAAAACGAGCAUCAUUUCUCUCAUGGAGCGUUUCUAUGAUGCGCAAAAGGGCGCCAUUCUCUGCAACGGCAAGAACAUCAGCGACGUCAACAUCUACGAGUACCGGAAGCAGCUGUCGUUAGUAUCCCAGGAGCCUACCUUGUUCCAAGGCACAGUCAGGGACAACAUCCUCCUCGGAGUAGAUAAAAAUAGCGUGACCGAUGAGCAGCUGCACCGGGUAUGUCGAGACGCUUCUAUUCACGACUUCGUCGUCUCGCUUCCAGAGGGGUAUAACACCGACAUUGGCAGCAGAGGCGUCUCUCUAUCCGGUGGCCAGAAGCAGCGUGUGGCAAUUGCGCGCGCGCUCAUCAGAGACCCACGUAUACUUCUGCUUGACGAGGCCACAAGCUCCCUUGACUCGGAGUCCGAGAAGCUGGUUCAGGCCGCCUUUGAGAGAGCGGGAAAGGGCCGCACUAUGCUGGUUGUUGCGCACCGUCUCGCAACGGUGCAGAACGCAGACAUCAUCUUCGUCCUGGGAGAGGGCAAGCUGCUGGAGAAGGGCAACCACGCUGAGUUGCUGAAGAAGAAGGGAGUAUAUUGGCACAUGUGUCACAGCCAGGCACUCGACAGAUGAACGAUACCUCUGAUGCCACAGGCUAGCUACAACCUCUGCCGCUAUUGCGUCGACUACAACUAUUCGGCCUCAUAUAUUUGAGCUGAUGGAUGGAUGAUACGAUAAGGGAUAAGUAAAAAUGAGCCCAUCAAUAUGGGAUUUGAAAUCUCGUGCCAUUGAUGGAGUUUCCACGGCUGGUUAUGCGGCCUCAAGGACUCACAAAGCCGCAAAGAAACUCAACUCCUCUAAGUAUAUUUAUCUGCAUUCCCCACUCUCGAGUCAUCCCCCACAGGUCCGGUCUUACAGUUGAUGCUGUUGCGGUUGCCACGACGGAAUGACCAGGACUCCAAUGGAGGUUUCUGUUUACCCUGAUAGAGAGAAUCUUCGGUUUCCAACGGAAAGGACGUGUCCAAUCCCCGCGGAAACCGCUGCUACUCAACACAGAAACAAACUUUAAUACAUGCAAAAUACUGAAG